UAUCAUCAUUUUAUCUUCUCUUAUUAUAAAAGUCAAAGAAAGCAACUGAAGUAUGGAUGGAGAUGGACAUUGAAGACAAUAUCACUGAUAGAUGCAUGUGGGCAGAGGUUGGGAAGAAUGAUAGUGGCAAUGUCUUCAUACUAGUUGGCACUUCUAGGAUUGAGUAUAAUGCUAUAGCAACUUUCAGCUCUGAGGAACUCAAAGCACUGACUGAGGACAAAGUUGCAUUAGACAUAAGCAAUGAAAUUGGUUGGAAGAUCAAAGUUGAAGUAUUAGCAGCUGAAAAGCAGAUUAAAGUUGCACUUUUGCCCGCCUCAGAACAAAAACCACUAAUCAAGCAAAUUGGCUAUUCUUUCAAUGAGAAUGGUAACCUUGUGGCUGGGACUGUUAAAACUAUUGGUACUCCUAAUGAUGGAAAGAAAGGAGAAGAAAAGGAAUACAGUGUUCCAGAAGAUUCAUAUGAGGGGCCAAGGCUGGAGAUUGGUGAAGAUUAUUCUAAAAAUAGGAAGAACGAUUAUGAAACAGAAACAGUUGGAAAGUAAGACAGUUAUGCUCUUUUCUUAACUAAUUUUG